AUAUGUGAUCGCGAACAUAUGAUUCGCACACGCGCGAAUCGUCUACGAUGCGCGAGUCUGUCAUCUGCGAUUUUAUUCUUGAAAUCUAAAAUUAUGCAGAGUCUGACCAAGUGUUCGAAGCGACACUAUGUAUUGCCCAGCCGAAUAUUCAAUUUCCCAUCGAAAAAUGUUUAUCUCCCGAGGAAAAAGACGUUGCUCGACGUCGAUCGCUCGAGUUGCGCGCACAGGUUAUCUCUCCCAGUGUCUUAUCAUGCCUACAAGAAGAUACGUAAGGAAUUUCACGCCGUGCAGACUGCAUUUUUGCGCGGCAGCAAGUUUACUUUAUUCUCCCCGAGAAUCGAUAAUGUCAGAUAUUUUAAUACAACAUGUAGUAAGUCCAACAAGCAGUCUUCAAAUAAGGAGCCGGGUUCUGAGAAACCAGACAAGGAACCUGAUAAAAACGAAGAGAUGAGGUUGUUUCUUCGUAAACUCUCUAUGUGGUUCAUACUGUUGUAUGCUUUGUUAAUCGCAUUAAGGCAAAAGAUAGACACAUCAAAUAUAGAACCUGCAGCUUCCAUUUCCUGGAAUGAAUUUGUGUAUCACAUGCUGAGCAAAGGAGAAGUCGAGGCGAUUAUUGUGAAUCCCAGUAUCGAUCAUGUUAUAAUUGUGGUGCACGAUGGUGCCAUUAUCAAGGGAAGAAGGAGUCCGUACAAAAGGUAUCAUAUGGCUGUUCCAAGCAUUGAAAAUUUCGAAGAAAAGUUGAGAAAGGUAGAAAAAAAUCUUGGCAUUAAGGCUGGCCAAGGAGUACAAGUGAUCUACGAAAGGAAAAUGGAAUACAUAGCGAAUGUAGUGAGAUUCUUGCUUAUCGCGCUGAUAGCUAUCGGUAUCUUCAGUGUACUGAGAAAACGUUUCUCUAUUAAACCCUUCGAGUUUAUCUCGCAGAUGAAACAAGCAAAAUUCACGUUAGUCGAACCGUUAAUGGGAAAGGGUAAAGGUGUACAUUUUGCGGAUGUAGCAGGAUUGAAGGAAGCUAAGAUAGAAGUGAUGGAAUUUGUCGAUUAUCUCAAACAUCCAGAACGUUACAAAACACUUGGCGCUAAAGUUCCACAAGGCGCUUUGCUUUUGGGGCCUCCUGGUUGCGGUAAAACGUUGCUGGCUAAAGCUGUGGCAACCGAAGCGAGUGUCCCUUUCUUAUCCAUGAACGGUUCUGAAUUUAUUGAAGUCUUUGGUGGUUUGGGUGCUGCUCGAGUUAGAGAUCUGUUCAAAGAGGCGAAAAAGAGAGCACCGAGUAUCAUAUAUAUCGACGAAAUUGAUGCAAUUGGCAAAAAACGUUCCGACAGUUCGCUCGGAAUCUCCAACAGCGAAUCUGAACGAACGUUGAAUCAGCUUUUAGUAGAAAUGGAUGGAAUGAUAGCAAAGCAGGAUGUUAUUAUAUUAGCUUCAACAAAUAGAGCGGAUGUAUUGGAUAAAGCCUUACUGAGACCCGGCAGAUUCGAUAGACACAUUUUGAUCGACCUUCCUACUUUAGAAGAGAGACAACAAAUCUUCGAGACUCAUUUAAAGAAGAUAUCUUUACGAAGCGAACCUUCAAAAUAUUCGGGAUACUUGGCUUAUCUUACGCCCGGAUUUAGUGGCGCCGAUAUCGCUAACGUUUGCAACGAAGCAGCAUUACAUGCUGCAAGAGACAAGAAGAAACAGAUCGACAGCAGUGAUCUCAUGUACGCAAUCGACAGAACAAUCGGUGGCUUGACGAAGAGAAACAAUCCAUUGACUCCAUCCACGAAACGCGUCGUCGCCUAUCACGAAGCUGGCCACGCGUUAGUGGGCUGGUUGCUGGAACACACAGAUGCGUUGCUCAAAGUGACGAUAGUACCACGGACUAAUCUGAGUCUGGGAUUUGCACAAUAUACUCAAUCCGAUCAGAAACUUCACAGCGAAGAGGAACUCUUUGAACGAAUGUGUAUGAUGCUGGGCGGUAGAGUAGCGGAAUACAUAACGUUCGAUAAGAUCUCGACAGGCGCUGAAAACGACUUGAAAAAAGUGACGAAGACGGCGUACCUUCAGGUCCAACAAUUUGGAAUGAGUUCGGCCGUGGGUUUAGUUUCUUUCAACGAAGAGUAUACUGAUCCAAAAAAUAAGAAACCAUAUAGUAAGAAAUUGGCGAAUCUAAUGGAUGCAGAAGUGAGGAGAAUAAUAGGAAAUGCAUAUGAUCAAACUCGGCGAUUACUUCAGAAUAAUAAAGAUAAAUUAGAUAAACUCGCGGAAGCUUUAUUGGAAAAGGAAACAUUAACAUACGAUGAUGUGGAAAAAUUAAUUGGACCGCCACCGUUUGGGAAGAAACGACUUGUAGAACCAGCAGAAUUUGAAAAAUCUGGUCCAGCUAGAGAAUCCCCAUCGACAGAUAGAGCAACGAUGUAGUAAAAUGAUAUAUUAAGUGUUUUUUGUAGAUAUUUAUACUGUAUAAAGGAACGAUAAUAAUGAUGAUAAAAUGUCAAUACAAAGAGAUUAAUUUUUUUUCAUAAAUUAUUUGAAACAUUUGUAAAAUUGUUUUAUCAAUAUAUACAUAUAUACUACCACAUAUUUUCAAUCUGUGUAUCAUCAUUCAUUAGUACUCACUUGGAUGGGAGUAAGAAUAAACAAAAUUAUACACGAAUGGAAGAAUUAUAUUUAUUUUGACAUUUAAGUAGAAACACACAAUUUGCUAAAACGCGCAGCCUGUGGAAAACAUAUGAAAUUUAGAUUUAAAAAAU